GUUCUGAAGGGGAUUCCCUGAUGCUGCUGCUUCGAAUCUGCCGCGAUCCUCCUCCUCCGAGCAAUUCAAUGAAACUUAUUCAACGACUUGAUCUGCUCGUUCACGGUCCCCGUCCUUUUGCCCCGCUUGGCCAAUACGUACGUAUACACUGAAUACCAGCCCAAAUCCGUCCUUCGCUCCCCUCCAUUGAGCCAACUAUCCUGAUGUGCAACUUGACCCAGUCGUCCAUAUUGUCCCAGCGGCCAGCGCUGAUACAGGCCAAUCGUAAGAUGCAUGAACUCUACCGUAGUUUCCGUGAAAGGCCCAUUUCCCCUCACGGCGCAUAUGCUCUCUUGACCAUUUAAGCAGACAUCUCGGGUUGAGGACACCCCACCCAACAGUGAGCAGGCUAGACAGCCUUGAGAGAUCAAGCAUGUCCAGUUCCUCCGAGAUCUAUUCCGUCGCUAUUAUCGGUGGCGGCCCUGUCGGUCUCUGCGCCUCCAUCCUCCUCUCUGUCCGAGGCAAAUCGCACGUUCUCUUCGAGCGACGGCCGUGCACCUCCAUCCAUCCCAAAGCAUGCGGGAUCAACCAGCGCACCACGGAGAUCUUCCGGAAAUUAGGCAUCGACGAAACCGUGUACGCUGUCUCUGGACCGCCCGAAGUGACAGGCCGCACCGCUUGGUACACGAGUCUCGGUCCCGAGGGCAAGGAGAUUGCGUCUCGUUAUGCGUGGGGAGCAGGCCCCUACGCCGAGGAAUUCUCGAGAUACAGUCCCAGAAAAUACGUGGUACUUCCGCAGAUCAGGUUGGAGCCGAUCUUGAAGCAGAGGGCGCAGGAGCUUAACCCUGAAGCUCUGAAGUACCGCGCAGAGGUCACGGACGUACGCGGAUCAGAAGCUGACAACUACGCCGUUCUUCAGGUCCGUUUUGAUGGCAAGGAGUCCGAGGAGGACGUCCGUGCACGCUUCGUAAUCUGCGCAGACGGCGGACGCAGCUUCACCGACAAGCUCGGCGUACGCUGGCUCGGCGAGAAGGACAUCUACAACAUGGUGACCGCCCACUUCCGUUCCCCUCUCUCUAAGUCCCACUCUGACCCUCGCAACUUCAUCACCUGGUUCAGCCACCCCGACCUAGGCGGUAGCAUGCAGACGGGCUUCCUCUAUCAGAUCGGCCCAUGGCCUGCCGGUCCAGAGGUGGAGGAAGAAUGGGUCCUAGUCUGUAUGUCUGGUGCUACACACUCGGAACGCCUCGACAAGGAAGCCGCGGUGAAACGAAUCCGCGAUACUUUACGGCUCCCCGACUUACCCAUCGAAAUGCUCAGCCUCAGCCCCUGGAACGUUAACGCCAUCUACGCGAAGCGCUAUCGCGCGACCAAGCGUGUCUUCCUAGCCGGGGACGCCGCGUACCGCAUCCCGCCAUGGGGCGCGCUCGGCAUGAACACGGGCGUGCAGGACGUCGCGAACCUGAUCUGGAAGCUCGACCUCGCGCUGCAGGACGAGGCGAAGUACGGCGCGCUUCUCGACAGCUACGACACAGAGCGCAAGCCGAUCGGCGAGCGCGUCGGGCGCACCAGCCUGCACAACCUCCGGAGCCACAGCCUCGUCAUGGACGCCGCGCUGGGCAUGAGCGCAGACAAGACUCCCGCGGAGAACUGGGCCGCGCUCAACGCGUACUUCGACGGCGAAGGCGCGGCGAGCAGGCAUGACGGCCAGCUGACGGAGAACGGGGAGUUGGCGACGGAGUUCUACUACCCCUCGACUAUCCCGGGGCACCACGUCCCGCAUGCAUGGCUCCGCAAGGCCGGAGAGCCUGAGGCGCACACCAUCGCUGUGGUCGACCUGAUCCCGCUGCGCCAGAUGCUUCUGCUCGCGCGCCGGCGUGGGGUCGGGUGGGAGCAGUUGGAGAGCGCGCUGGUGCACGUGGAGAUCGCUGGCGAGGCCGGCGACGUCGACUGGGUGGACGUCGACGGAAAAUGGGCGCGGCAGUGCGGCGUCGGUGAGGAGGGUGCCGUCCUCGUCCGUCCAGAUGGCAUCGUACUAGUAGCUUGGCGAGGUGGGUGGAAUGACGACUUCAAGGACGUUGCCAAGUGGGGUCGCGUGUUGGAGAGGGUGAUGUACCUGGCCCCGUGAAAUGUAGCGCUCGUUCUAGUCUUUGUCUCUCAGCAGGGCUUAGACCUCGAGUACAACGUGUACUGAAUUGAUUACAGCGGUACUUAGUGUCGAUCUGUUUAUAGUUGUGGGCUCGUGAACGAUCGAGCUCAAUGUAAGGAUCAGCGUACCUUAGUGGGCACAUGUGAUGUACUAUCGGCUUAGCCCAAUGUCACUUGC